AUUUUCGAGCACAAUAAUAAUUAUUUCAAUGAACAAUAAACACACACAACACACACACACAAAGCCACACACCACCACCAUUCCCCUCCCUCCCUUCUCCUCUCUCUCUCUUUCUCUCAUUCUCAUUCAAAUAAAGCCACCGCCAUCGCCAUCGCCAUCAUCCUGAGGAGCUCCAACAUCUUCUCUGCAUUCGUUGGUUGCAUUCCCUCUCAUCGCCACCUGCGAAGCAAACAUCGUCAUUCAUUCCUCUCUCUCCUAUGCAUUAUACAUUAUUCAGCUAUUGUUUCAUCGCAACUUCAAUUUCUCACGUAUACUUUGUUAUUAAUGGGGGGGAAGAACAAUGACAGGGUUUCGAGAAUUGGCAGUUACGCGAUAGCUUCCUCGAUCACGGAUGCGACUUGUUUCUCCUGCACGACUUUCAACAUCCUUGCUCCUAUUUACAAACGACUUGAUCAUGAGGAUCCUAAAUGUCGAGAAAGCGACGUGAAGGAAAUUUGGCAAAAGAGGAACAAAAGGAUUUUGGAUUGGUUGUUGUGUGAAAGAUCUUCCAUUAUCUGCCUUCAGGAAUUUUGGGUUGGGAACGAGGAGCUUGUGAGCAUAUAUGAUAAGAGGCUUGGAGAUGCUGGAUAUGACAGUUUCAAGCUCGCCAGGACGAAUAAUCGAGGCGAUGGUCUUUUGAUUGCUGUGCAUAAGGACUACUUUAGGGUCAUCAACCACAAAGAGUUGCUGUUUAAUGAUGUUGGUGACCGUGUGGCUCAGCUACUUCAUGUCGAGCUAAUUCCUCGCUUUUCUCAAUUGCGAAGCAACUGCAUACGCCAAGAAAUUCUCAUAGUGAACACUCAUUUGUUGUUUCCACAUGAUUCGAGUUUGUGCUUGGAGCGGCUAAGGCAGAUCUACAAAAUAUUGCAAUAUGUGGAGUCAUACCAGAAAGACAAAAACCUCAACCCUUUACCAAUCCUACUUUGCGGUGACUUGAAUGGGAGCAAGAGUGGACAUAUUUACAAGUUUCUAAGGUCUCAAGGAUUCAUUUCAUCAUAUGAUGCUGCCCAUCUUUAUACUGAUGCAGAUGCGCACAAGUGGGUGAGCCACCGUAAUCACCGUGGAAACAUAUGUGGUGUGGAUUUCAUAUGGCUCCUUAAUCCUAAUAGAUAUAGGAAAUUACUUAGAACAAGCUGGGGUGAAGCAUUGUCAGGAUUGCUCAAGUAUCACCUGAAGCGAGCUUUAUUCACAGAGGACAGUGCAUUCGCGUUGCUAAAGGGGAAUGGCCAUGGCCACGGCAUCUCAUAUUAUGACUUCUGUGAAGCAUUGCAGCAGCUGAAUUUGGUCGGUCACUGCUACGGGCUCCACAAGGAAGAGAUUCACGAGCUUUGGGAGCAAGCAGAUAUCGAUGGAAAUGGUGUUCUUGACUACGAUGAAUUCAAGCAGCGGAUAUGGAAUGCAUACUCGGGGCAAGGGGAGGAGGUGAACGAGGGGGUCCGGGGCGAAUCCAUAUUUGGCACGGAGCAAACAAUAGGAUUCAGCAUCAAGAACGCAGUCCUCUUCCCCACAGAGGUGGAGAAAGGGUUGUGGCCCGAGGAUUACUCUCUCUCUGAUCACGCCCGGCUGACAGUGGUGUUUUCGCCCGUGAGAAUGCCACGCUCCCAACUGGCGACUUGACUUGAGGGGCAAUGGAUGGAUAUGCACCGGCACGCUAUUUGAGACCACGGGCACCAACGAUGAUGGAGGGUGAAACUGUGAUUUUACGGUGCCGCGGUGUAUGAAGGAAGUGUGGUGGCGUUGGGAGGUUUUUGAGGGUUGAUGGUAUCUCGUUGAGUGGUGAUUGAUAGAUAAAAAAGGCAUGUACUCUAAUUUUUGAGGGUGUGUGGUUUGAGUGGUGGAAUUUUAGAGAGAUUCAAGUGUAGUUCGUUGAAUACAUGAGUAGACUGAUAUUCUUUACAGUUAUGUUUAGACCAUCAAAAUUCAAAGGGAUUUGGUGUAAAUACCAGACAAGUUUGAUGAGUCUAAAUUUGUAUAUUGUUGUGGCUAUAAA